UAUGUUUAACCUAACAGAAACAAUUCAAAAUUUCAACUAUAUUUUUUGACAACAUCACUUUACAAUUUGGCUAUAUCAAAUUUUUUCAGACUUGAAGUAAUAGCUCUAGAAAAUACAAAAUAAAGAAGAAGCCUGUCACCAAAAAAUGCAAAAAGCAUUUAAAGCAAAAAGGGUUUCAAAAAUUUGAUUGCGUGUGAACGGCCCACUGAACUCUACGACCUUCAUAAGAAAUUCCAUACCCAAUGGCUUCUGUCGUCUUUAUUAUAGUUGUGCCCUAUGAACGUAAAAACAAAGACUCCGAAAUUGAACAGCGAGGUAGCGAUAAAAGUUUAAAAAGGAGUUUGACCGAUACAAUAAAAGAAGAGAAGACAACAGAUAACGAUGAUGACGUAGUUAGUUUGGCUGAACAAAUAAACUUACCUGAGGUUUUGCGAAAUGAACUGUUAUCUUUGAAGGUUCAUGGUGAAUCUUGGAAUAUUUCCUCUGAUAAACAAUUUUACCAAGUUGUGUUUAUUGCAAAGACUGGAAGAAGAAUGGAAGAAAUUUUAGGGCGAUUAACCCAAAUUGGCAUUGGAAUACGUCCAAAGACCUCUAUAAGUGUCAUACCAACAACAGUCCAUAUAGAGAUGGAAAACAAUGAAAUUUCUGGGUCAGGACUCGAUGAAAAUCAACAAAAUCUGACUGAUUCACAUUUUGGAGAACAAAAAUCAACCAAAGAAAAGUUCAAAGAGUCGAUUAAGUCAAGAUUAACUGUCGAGCAAGUUGUUAAAGGAGUGACAGAUCACACAAUGCUGACAUUUGAUUUUGUCAUGUUUACUAUCCUGGCAAGUUUUAUAGCUGCUGUUGGUUUGGUUGAGGACAAUGCUGUAGUAAUAGUUGCAAGUAUGUUGGUGUCACCCUUAAUGGGUCCAAUUCUUGCUGGAACAUUUGGCAUUGUAAUUAAAAAAGAUAAUUUGAGAAAUAUUGGGUUCAAAACAGAGAUUUAUGGCCUGACUAUUUCUGUGCUUGUUGGUUUACUGUUUGGGUUCAUUGCUGGACCAUUUGGAAGGUCUGGUGCAUCAUGGGAUAGUGUUAAAGGAAUCUGGCCUACAAAUGAAAUGUCCAGCAGAAGCAUGAUUCGUAGUCUUUGGAUUGGUGUAUUGAUUACACUACCAUCUGGUGCAGGUGUUGCAUUGUCUGUUCUUGGUGGAAAUGCUGGAUCUCUUGUUGGGGUUGCAAUAUCAGCAUCUCUUCUUGCUCCAGCUGUAAACUCUGGCAUGUUGUGGGCAUAUGCUAUUGUUGCCGCCAUUAAUCCUCCAGAAACUUUAUCAUCUUUAAAUAACUCAACACUCAAAUGUCCUUUGUUUAAAGACAACAAGUAUGUACCUAUGUAUAGAUGUAAUAUGGCUGAAGAGGCUGCUAUUAUGGCGAUCAUAAGUUUAGUCUUGACUGUUAUCAACAUCAUCUGUAUUGUUAUAACUGCUAUAUUAGUUCUUAAGGUGAAGGAAGUUGUACCACAAGCAUCAAGUUCCAAUGCAACUCAAUCAUUCUGGACUAAACAUAUCAAAGUUGCAAGAGAAGCAUAUAAAACUUUUAAAGGCAAUGAAGCAUUAAACCUCCUAAAUGAAUGGAAAAAAGUUCGUGAUGAAAAAAGUAGAUUGUCAGCAGAGCUUUUGAAACUUGGUAAUGAGGAAUUUGACAAUGACAAUGUUUCCUUAAUGCAUUCCUCGGCUAAACCUAAAAAAGUUUUCGAUGAAGAAUCUGAUCCAGAAAAUAAUUUCUCAAAAAAUUCUUUAAGAUUAAAUUGGGAGUUAGUAGAAAUGAUAAAGGACGUUGAGGAAAAUGACGAAUAUCAAUCUGUUGUAAGACGAACUUCUACAGGAGGGACGAACGCUUUUAACACGUCAAGACAAUUGGCAAGGAUUCUGUCUAAGGAUGAAAACCAGCAACAUGACUACACAGAACAUUUACGAACUCUACAUACAUUCUAUCGACAACAAAGUAAAGAAAGAAGUCAACAACCUCGCGUUGCUGAGAUAUUUAAUAAACAGGAAACAAAGCAGAAGAAAAACGUGAGAGAAUUUCACGUUGUUGAUACAGAGAAUCCGCACCAUACAUCUGUAGUUCUUGUUCAGGCUCCCAGUGAGAAUUCAGAUUCGUACUCUGUUAAAAAGGAAAGUGUAGUGUAAGAUACAGAGUAUGGAGCUUCACCUAAAUUAUUAUUUAUUGAACAUAAACAUACUAGAUCGUGUUCUUGUAAGCAUAUUUAAAACGACCGUCAAGAGUCGAGUUCAAUUUUCACUAAAUGAAAAUUUUGAGUAAUUUUGGAAGUUGUGAUAUGAGCAAUAGAUAUGGCCGCUUUUAGAGGAGACAGCAAGUCUUCUGCUCUAAAAAUGAAAAGAGAGGAUGUGGAUGAUGAAGAAAACUACGAAAAGAAAGAUGACCAGAGCAUCAGAAGAAAGUAACAUGACAUGGUAUAUGUUAGAUGAGAAACAUAAUAAUAUAUGAUAAUCACAUUAGCAUAUUAAAAGUUCACGUGACUACAGUUACGUAAUAUCGUUUUGCACUCUCCACACUUAUGCUAUGUUGAUGAAACACGGUUAUUGUUAUAUGAAUAAAAUACAUCUUAAUCACAA